AUGUUGGAGGACAUUGCAGAGGAUGGGGCCUAUUUGGAGGACGGGACCUCUGUGGAAGAAGGGGCAAAUGUGGAGUAUGGGGCCUCUGUGGAGGAUGGGGCCUCUGCGGAGGAUGGGGCCUAUGUGGGGGAUUGGGCCUAUGUGGAGUAUGGGGUCUUUGUGGAGUAUGGGGUCUUUGUGGAGUAUGGGGCCUCUGUGGAGGAUGGGGCCUCUGUGGAGGAUGGGGCCUCUGUGGGGGAUGGGGCCUCUGUGGAGGAUGGGGCCUCUGUGGAGGAUGGGGCCUCUGCGGAGGAUGGGGCCUCUGUGGGGGAUUGGGCCUAUGUGGAGUAUGGGGCCUAUGUGGAGGAUGGGGUCUUUGUGGAGGAUGGGGCCUCUGUUGGGGAUAGGGCCUCUGUGGAGGAUGGGGCCUCUGUGGAGGAUGGGGUCUUUGUGGAGGAUGGGGCCUCUGUGGAGGAUGGGGCCUAUGUGGGGGAUGGUGCCUCUGUGGAGGAUGGGGCCUCUGUGCAGGAUGGGGCCUCUGUGGAGUAUGGGCCCUCUGUUGAGUAUUGGGCCUCUGUGGGGGAUAGGGCCUCUGUGGAGGAUGGGGCUUCUGUGAAGGUUGAGCCUCUGUAG